GACAUCAAAAACAAAUGCAAUAUUGACUGGGCGGUACGAUUGACUGAUACUGUAGCACUAUUUGCGACGGGGAUCGAAAUCAUUGGUCAAUAUUUAAUUGCAUCAUAUUUACGUUAUUAUAUGCUACUAAUGAUAGUCUCACAUGACUCUUUAAUGAAGAAUUGGGCUAUCGCACGAUUUUUUAUUGAAAAAUCUCGUAAAAUACGAGACUGCGAUGAAAAAUAUUGGACGCGAUUUUUUUUAUUCUCCAAAACCAAACGAAAAAUCUAAAAGCUAACGUUUUGAUCGCAUCAGUCAAUCCGGCGUAUUCAACACGAAAUAAUCUCAGAUGAAACCGUAAUUUGGGGGAAAAUAUCAUCGACGUUCUCUCCCAAUUCAAUCAGUAAAAUGAUAACGUCUUGAUGACUGCAGUUACCCCGAUUUUCAUGUUGACACGUCUCUAGAGUCAGUUUAAUUAAUAAUAAGUGUAUUCGAGGAGACUGUUAACAAGACCUAGAAUUUAAGAUGAGCGGAUGGAAUAAACAGAGCUGAAAUUUUUGUAACGUACACAAGCGGUUAGUUCUCCACUCAUUCACUCCGUCCUAAUAGAAUUUUAAUUAAUGUUCAUCACAUUAAUAAUUCGUCAUCCAAAUACUGGGGCAGUCCAUCGAAAUAUUUAAUAACCGAAUUCAAAUAUGCAAAGAACAGUGAGGAUUUCUCGGGCGUUAAAUUUCAUUAGUUACCUCAGUAAUUUGAUUGAAAAACAGAUAACUUGACUGGGAGUUUUCUCCUAAAUUAAUAUCAAAUCCCACUGUUUUAUGUUUGAAACGACAAGUGAUACAAAAUUCAAGGGAUGUCUGACAACGUUGCAUAAUUGUUUCGAAAGCCCUGGAAGCAGUUUAAUAAUUGAAUAACUAAAACGUAACAGAAUGCGUAGAAUUUCCUCAACUAAUUGAACCAUUCGGUUAAAUAACCACUGACUUCUGAAGAAAAUAUCAAAGGAAAAUUAUCUCAUUACUGAUAUAAUUCCAGAGUGAAAUUAACAAAUGUAAAUUCUCAAUAGUUUCCACUUCCAACUGUUCAGACCCUCCCCCCCCCCCCCAACCAUCGCCAAUUGAAUCAACAGCCUGACAUUCCCCAAAAUUCUCCGUCAUUUGUUUGUUCUGACAUUUACCCCCUCAACUUGAAACAUCCUGUCGUCCUAAUGGAGGGUAAAUAACCCACUCCAGUUCCCCCGAAGUGUUAAAUCCUUUUUAAUCAUAAAAAAAAAAGCGUUAACAUCGAUCAAAUGUCCCAUUAAAUUUCGUAAAAAUGUGCAACGAUUUAUUACCACCGAGUGUUGACGAAUUUCUGGAUAAUUUCGAGUCAACCCUUUGCCUACCAAUUCUCAUUAUCCUCGUCCUUUGUACAAUUCACUUUAUCAUCAAUCACCUACUCGACAUCGGAUGCUCAAUAGCAUCAGCAAUGGAGGGUAGAGUUGAGAUUGACUCGGAUUUGGAUGAGGUACCCAGUCAGCCAUUCACAGCUAAAUUUAAAGGUAUGUUCUACAAUGCAGCGUGUACUAUGAUACCCGGUGAAUCAGUGAAUGCGCAGACAUCAACAGUACUGUCUUCUCCACUUCCAAGCGGGCGUAAAAGUAAUGUGAAACGAGGAGAUACGAGAACCUGAUGGAAUGCAAUAAAUUACAAGAAAAAAAA